CGCGUGUAUUAUAUCCUGGUCGUGCUGCAGUUGAUCACACAUCGCUUGCGACUUUACUCCUGAAGUGUUUGACUUCGAAAUCUGACUUUAUAACUAACCAUGUCUGGAAGAGGCAAGACCGGAGGAAAGGCCCGUGCCAAGGCAAAGACCCGCAGCUCCCGCGCCGGGCUGCAGUUCCCUGUGGGCCGUGUCCAUCGUCUUCUCCGUAAGGGAAACUACGCUGAGAGAGUCGGCGCCGGAGCCCCAGUGUACCUGGCCGCCGUGCUGGAGUACCUCACCGCUGAGAUCCUGGAGCUGGCUGGAAACGCUGCUAGAGACAACAAGAAGACCCGUAUCAUCCCUCGUCAUCUGCAGCUGGCUGUGAGGAACGACGAGGAGUUGAACAAACUUCUCGGCGGUGUGACCAUCGCCCAGGGCGGUGUCCUGCCCAACAUCCAGGCCGUUCUGUUGCCCAAGAAGACCGGACAGGCAGCGGCUAGCACCGGCAAGGCGGGAAAGAAGGCCUCCUCUCAGUCCCAGGAGUACUAGCUUGUUUGCUAAUAAACUAAAACCCCAAAGGCCCUUUUCAGGGCCACUCAUUCCUCAUUCAAAGAGAAACUUUUCCUGUUCAUCCCCUCUUGGUUUUUCACACUGUUAUUUAAUAAACGCGCUUGUUUUGUAAA